GCUCUCGGCGCCUCCCGGGGCGGCGGCGGCGGCGGCGGCGGCGGCGUCCGCGCCUCCUGCACCCGGCGCGGCGUAGCGGCGGGAGGAAGAUGGAGACCCACAUCUCGUGCCUGUUCCCGGAGCUUCUGGCCAUGAUCUUCGGCUACCUGGACGUCCGAGACAAGGGUCGCGCGGCGCAGGUGUGCACGGCCUGGCGGGACGCCGCCUACCACAAGUCGGUGUGGCGGGGCGUGGAGGCCAAGCUGCACCUGCGCCGGGCGAACCCGUCGCUGUUCCCCAGCCUGCAGGCCCGGGGCAUCCGCCGCGUGCAGAUCCUCAGCCUCCGCCGCAGCCUCAGCUACGUGAUCCAGGGCAUGGCGAACAUCGAGAGCCUCAACCUCAGCGGCUGCUACAACCUCACCGACAACGGCCUGGGCCACGCGUUCGUGCAGGAGAUCGGCUCGCUGCGGGCUCUGAACUUGAGCCUCUGCAAGCAGAUCACCGACAGCAGCCUGGGCCGCAUAGCCCAGUACCUCAAGGGCCUGGAGGUGCUGGAGCUGGGGGGCUGCAGCAACAUCACCAACACCGGCCUUCUGCUCAUCGCCUGGGGGCUGCAGCGCCUCAAGAGCCUUAACCUCCGCAGCUGCCGCCACCUCUCGGACGUGGGCAUCGGGCACCUGGCCGGCAUGACGCGCAGUGCUGCCGAGGGCUGCCUGGGCCUGGAGCAGCUCACUCUUCAGGACUGCCAGAAACUCACGGAUCUCUCUCUGAAGCACAUCUCGCGAGGGCUGACGGGCCUCCGGCUCCUCAACCUCAGCUUCUGUGGCGGCAUCUCGGACGCGGGCCUUCUGCACCUGUCGCACAUGGGCAGCCUGCGCAGCCUUAACCUGCGCUCCUGCGACAACAUCAGCGACACCGGCAUCAUGCAUCUGGCCAUGGGCAGCCUGCGCCUCUCCGGUCUGGAUGUGUCUUUUUGUGACAAGGUGGGAGACCAGAGUCUAGCUUACAUAGCCCAGGGACUGGACGGCCUCAAGUCCCUCUCCCUUUGCUCUUGCCAUAUCAGUGACGAUGGCAUCAACCGCAUGGUGCGGCAGAUGCACGGGCUACGCACGCUCAACAUUGGACAGUGUGUGCGCAUCACGGACAAGGGACUGGAGCUGAUCGCUGAGCACCUGAGCCAGCUCACGGGCAUAGACCUGUAUGGCUGCACCAGGAUCACCAAGCGCGGCCUGGAGCGCAUCACGCAGUUGCCCUGCCUCAAGCCAAACAACAAACUACUUAUGACGGCUGCUGCAUCCGGGGGAGAUGGCAGUCACUCACCAACACAGUGUACCUCAACUCAGCUCGCAGCCGUAGCAGCUGCAGAAGGUCGAGGUGUGAGCUCUCAGCUGUUCCUGCCACCAUGCCUUUGCUCCACCAUCAUGGACUCUACCCCUCUGAAACCACUUACUUAUUUUAUCAUUAUGGACAUGAUGCCUGGUGCACACAGAGGAAAGAAGAGUGUAGCUGGAAGAUUUCCUGUGUCCCAGCCAGCCGGCAGUCAGGACAAAUCUCCUACUCGCGUCCCCCAAGAAAGCAGGCUGAGAGCAAGCCGUCGGGGACAAGCCAGUAAGCAGCCUCCCUCUCUGGCAUCUGCAUCAGCUCCUGCAUCCACGUUCCUGGCCUGUGGAGUUCCUGUCUGUCUUCCCUCACCAAUGGACUGUUACCUGAAGUACAAGACAAACCUUUCCUCUCCACAUUGCUUUUUGUCAGUGUUUUUAUCGGAGCAAUAGAAACCCUAAGACAGGAGGAAAGCCACAUGAGAGUUUGAAGCGAAUGUAUGUACAUCUCUGAAAGAUUCCGGGGUAAAGUGGAGGCAGGUUGGGGUGAGCAUUUCUCCGACAGGCCCACACCGUUGAGUUGAGAUUGAUUAAGGAAGCAGCCACAGGCACAAGGCCACCAGGAAUGAGGAACACAUCUACCUGGAACACAAACUCAGGACCAAGAUCCAAGAAAAACAUCAAACUGCAAAGAGCACUUCAGAUGAUAAAGGUGAUACUGUCUCCGAGAUGGGGCCACUUAGGUCUCUUCUCAUGCCCGACAGCUGGGACCGCAGCCACUUCUCAGGGCCUGGGUCCUUGGCACGCAAUGCCUCUUAGGGUGAUGGAACCAAGUGCUGUGUGAGUCUUCUGAGUAGGAGACCAGGCAUAGGGCCAAAUCACACCUCCCCUUCCCCAGGACUCUCAAACACCAACCCCAGCUUGAAGCCUGGUGUUAGGACAAUUCGUGCUAGGGGACUCUGAAGCCUGCUUGCCCUCACCCACUCUGGCACUUCUGCCCCACAAAAGGGAGGGGAUUUAAGAGCAUUGAAGAAACAAGAGAGAGAAGAUGAAACACUUGCAAAGCUUUGCUAGGAUGCCAUUGCACGCAUGUCAGUGUGCCCGAGUGAGAAGGCUGGGUGUUCCUCGGGGUAAAUACUUCAGCCCCACAGCUCUGUGUAUCAUGUGACACAGCAGCGAGGCUAAGUCAGAAUUGAGAAAGAACUAAUAGAGGCUCCUAAACAUUUCAGACCCUCAACGCCUUCGCAGUACACAUGGCCUCUGAAUGACCUAGUGCUUGUGGAGGCUAACUGGACACUGAGCACACUCACUCUACAGCUCCAUAGGAAGAGCACUGGGCUUUGAACUCAAGCCACGCCAGCUGGGGGACUCCGUGACAGCACUUGCUUAGCGAGCAGAAGACUCUGAACUUGAUCCCCAACACUCAAAGAAAUAAACAGUUCCGUUGAAGAUCUGCUGUAUAGCACGGGGGAUGUCACUUCUGUGUCCUUGUCUCCAGGAAGGGAAUAUGGAAGCCUACCUUCGCAAGGUUGUGGUUAGAUUAUAUGGAGCCAGGAGGUGCCCGGCAAGCACCCAAGACAGUAGCUAGUGGAUGCUUCACCCGAGCAGACAUCACCAGUGAGGAUCCUCACGACCUACGGUACUGUACUUGGCUCAGCUCUGCCCAUGCGGGAGUCACUAAGUGGAGCACCACUUGUCAGGUGUCAAACUGUGAGGCACUCAGUCCUGCUUAGAUCCAAGAUGCCUAAAUCUGACUGAGAACCACAUACUAUGCUCAUGAUGGGAAAACCAUUCAAUAAUGCUGUGGGAUUAAUGGUUCUCAUAUUUAGCUAUAUAUCAGAAUUGUCUGGACAAGACUCUCUAUGGAUCUGUUAGGAGUUUUCAAAUGUUCACAAGUUUUAAAAUGCAGAUGUCUUCAACGUGGUGCAUCUGUGAAAAUGACUUUUAUCAUUUGUUUAUCCAAAUGGAGUACCUGACAGUGUCAACGAUACCCCUAAGCCCUAAGAACAAAAAGGGAAAAGACAGUGCUGGCCAAGGUCCUUAACCGAUGUGGUUACAACCCCGCACCGUGAUGGGGCCAGUGCUAAGAGAAAUGCUAAAGGACCAGCGAGCGGAAAGAGACUGGAGAAGAUGCUGAAGGCAAGGGAGACAGAGCUGUCAGGAGAGCAUUGCAUCUUCCAAGAAGGAUGUGCAGACACUGUAGCUUCCAGUUCUUCUGAAUGCAAAUCUCACUUGGGAACUGUGCCUUGCAGAGACAACCAGGUUAUAACACCGUUAUUCGGUGGGACCUGACUCAGAAUGACCAGUAUUUUAAACCACAGACAAGUGAGGAGUUUGGAGCAAUGGCUCAGCAGUUAAGAGUACCCUGUUCUUCCAGAGGACCUGUGUUUGGUUCUUAGCACCCAUGUGGUGGCUUACAAGCCCCUGUAACUCCAAUUCCAGGGGACCCUACGCUCUCUUCUGGCCUCUGACCUCUGAAUGAAGACACAGAUGGGCACACGGGAGCAUGAUGGUAGAGACGCUGGAGGAGCACCAUAUGAAGGUGGUGGGGUGAAACAAAUGAUUACAGGCCACCGUGCCCAAGAUGGCCAGGCAGACUCAGAGGAAAGGGGCCCUGGGUGGAUAGGUGGCCCUCAUGGUCCUUGGCAGGAACAACACCACUACCACCUUGCUCUUGGAUCUCUAGUUUCCAGUACUGACAACGAGGCAACAAACUCCGAGACCUGGAGCCACCAGUUUGUGGUACUUUGGUGUGUAGUGUAAAAGUGAAGACACCAGAGAUCAUACUCAGCCUACUGGAUUAGGGGACUAACUAACAAGAAUGGUGCUCACAGCAAGUGCUCAGUCAGUGUUCACUGAGACGUGAACAAGGGGAUGCUGGGGGAAAGGAGGGGGAAAGAUGGAAUUCCCACGUUCCAAACGU